UGAAAUGGCUAGCUAGUUAGCGUGUAUGCGCUAGUAGCAUUUCAAUCAGUUACGUCACUUGCUCUGAGACUUAAGUAGUGUUGCCCCUUGCUUUGCAAGGGCCGUGGCUUUUGUGGAGCGAUGGGUAACGCUGCUUCGUGGGUGACUGUUGUCGAUGUGUGCAGAGGGUCCCUGGUUCGCGCCCGUGUCGGGGCGAGGGGACGACGUAAAGUUAUACUGUUACAUUGAUGCUGUUGACCCGGAUCACUGGUUGCUGCGGAAAAAGGAGGAGGUUGAAAGGGGGGUGAGUGUAACGGAUGUGAAAUGGCUAGCUAGUUAGCGUGUAUGCGCUAGUAGCAUUUCAAUCAGUUACGUCACUUGCUCUGAGACUUAAGUAGUGUUGCCCCUUGCUUUGCAAGGGCCGUGGCUUUUGUGGAGCGAUGGGUAACGCUGCUUCGUGGGUGUCAGUUGUUGAUGUGUGCAGAGGGUCCCUGGUUCGCGCCCGGGUCGGGGCGAGGGGACGGUUUAAAGUUAUACUGUUACAAAUGCAGACAUCGAUUUUGACCAUUAAUCCUGCAAAGGUCAGACAUUGCACACACUAAUAUGCAUUUUUCCCCAAUAUUUAAAGUCUCUGCAUAUGGUCAUCCGUAAUCUGAAGUGGCUGUACAGCAUUUACUGCAUGCAGUCUCAGCCGAUCUCAGUGCUUUCAUGCUUCUUGCUCUUAGCAGAGCAGAGCUAUUGUGAAGGAAAUUGUCAAGAAAGUGAGUUUGUGAAUACAGGACUUACCGCCCCACCUACUUUCAACCAUUCAUGUCAAUGCGGAGUUAUAUGGAGCCCCAUUGUUAAACAAUUUGAGGGGCGAAUGGCGAUGCGGUACGGAGCUUGAUUUGUCCUCUGCAUGCCUCCAGAGGCUACGCGAUUGAGGCACAUCCUCCAUAUGAGGCCUCCGGCCACAUUCGCCGAUCAAGCAUAAAUGGUCUUUUAGUUUGCAUAUUCGCUAGAAGCACAACACUACAAGAUAUAAACAGCAUGUGAGAGUCCAUUAACUACACAACUCAAGUCUCUUUAGAUGACAUAAAACUUUUAGGUAUGGUGUUGAAAUGGAUCGGUUACAGGUCUGAAGUCAUUUUAGGUCGCAGCUGGGUCUCAUUGGCUAGACCCUUGUUCGAAUCUCAUCAUGGACAACUUUAGCAUUUAGGCAAUUUUGCAACUACUUACUACUUUUUAGCUACUUGGUGUGUUAGCUAAAAGAUGCUGCAUGGUCAAUCUGACGUCAGUGAUACGGCAUCUGCAGAAGUCAAGGCAUUCAUACCUAUUGCGCUUCGCGGAGCAGUACAGAGCUGUUGAGCAGAACUGUUGUGAAGGACGUUGUCAAGGAAGUGAGUUUGUGUUUAUACUGGACCUCCCGCCCCCAUCUACCGUCCAUCAGUUAUGUCAACGGGAGCUAUACGGAGUUCUCUGCAUUGUUAUAACAUUUGGGAGGCGCACUGCGAUGCGGUACAGAGCUAAAUUUGGCCUCUGCAUCCCUCCGGAGGCUCCGCAAUUGUGUCACACCCUCCAUAUGGAGCCUUCGUCCACAUUGACAGAUCAAGCAUAAAUUGGCUUUUAAUAAGUCUUUAACCUAACUCCUAACCCUACAUUUAACCCUACCCCUGACCCGCAGCCUAGCAAAUGUUAGCCACCUAGCUAGUGUUAGCCACAACAAAUUGGAAUUCGUAACAAUAUCAUAUGUUUUGCAAAUUCGUAACAUUGUACGAAUUACAAUUCGUAACAUAUCAUACGCAAUGGAUGAUUAACACCCACAAAUGAAUAUAUACCAUACGAAACAUAGUGUGUCGGAUUUCCAUGUACUAUAUUAUGUCUACCCAUGAGUCCAGGCUGUCAUCUAGGUCGAGGUGGCUGGCCUUUGAAAAAGACUAGGGAUAUGCCAACCUGGCCAUACUCUUAUUCGUAAUUGACCGUUUAUAGUCGGAUCUGAUGAUACUCGUGAUCGGGGGAAGAAAAAAACGGAAGUGUUUUAAUAUUCCUAAAUAGAUAUUGUCAAAAUACUCCCUACAAGUUUAUAGACCCCCCAAAAAACUGCAGAUUAUGAGCAGUGUGCGGAGUGUGUCUGUAUCUCCUCAAUUUGCAGCGGGCAGUUUGCUGUCACUUAGUCAAUAAUACUCAUCGGCAGUUCAUCUUUUUUUCUCCUACUCUCUUCCCGCUUGUUAGAUAUUAUCAAAUAUGUUCUCAUUGUUCUAUCUGUGAUGUUAUUAGCUAACUAACAGUGAUUCACACGAAGUUUCGUAUUGUUCUUCAAAGAAAAUACAAAUAGAAGUAGCUACGGUUUUUAUCAAUGUUUUGUUGGUUACUAUUUAGCUAGUCAAAGGUAUUGUUUAGGUAACAUCAUUAGCUAGCUAGCUACACUUAAGCUAACUAGCUAUCGUUAGCUAGCUGUCAUGUAACGUUAGAUGAGGGCCAUGUUAAGGCAGCUACUGUAGCUAGCUUCUAAACAUAUUUUGAUAAUACAACUGGUAUUACUGGUAAAAUGCUAAUAAUACAAUUAUUGAUUAGUAAAGACACAAAAGUACAGUACAUCGGCUCUCACUUUUUCAUGGAAAUCAAACAAGUAGUCUAACUUUACAGGCAGCCUUCUCUCCCCUACACUUGCUUCAGAGUUUAAACUCAAAACUGGUUUUCAAACUCAUUGUUGUAACAAAUUCACUCAUAUUAGUUUUAUUUGCACAAAACCCUGGUAGAGCAUAGGGGAAGUUAGGCCUUGUGGUGUUCAUGUUUGCUUAUUUUUUGGGGGGGCUUUAAACCAGUCUAAUUUCUCACUUAAAACAUAUUUUUUUUGCUUUUAAUACACUGUUAUUAUUCCUUCCUUUAUGUAUGAGUCUUUCCAUGUAGGCAGCUGAGAUGCUCUCAGAAGGUGAGCUGAAGGACUUUGCCCGGGGCCAGUCCCUGUACCGUGUUCUCCAGCCCUGGUGGGACGUCUUCAGCCACUACCUCUCCAUCAUGAUGUUCUCAAUCGGAACCCUCGGAGGAACCCUGCAGGUCACCCUCCGCAAGAUCGUCUGCGUCCCCUGUCAGAUGACAUCAGAAGACUUCUGUGUGGUUUUUAACCAUAGAGGCACCACAUUAAGGAAUGCCACAACUGAAGCCAGCUUCCCUCUCCUCCCCAAGGGCCUUUACAAGCUAGAUCUUCAGCAGUAUGCUUACGUUGACGCCGUGUGCUACGAAAAACAACUCCACUGGUUCGCCAAGUUCUUCCCCUACGUCGUGAUGCUAGAGACUCUGGCUCUUGUGAUUAUAAGCAACUUGUGGUUCAAGUACCCUAGCACCAGCUCCAGACUCAUGCACUUUGUCUCCAUUCUCCACAAAUGCUGUGAUUCUCCCUGGACCACACGGGCCUUGUCAGAGACAGUGGCAGAGCAGGGUGGGGCCCAGCCCUCAAUGAGCAUGUGUUGUCCUGCUCCCCAGGCCUCUUCAACAUCAGAGUAUAGCAGCAGAAGGCCGAUGGGGACAGAGUUUCUUAGUGUUUUAGACAAAAAGGAAGGUGAGCAGGCCAAAGCUAUCUUUGAGAAGGUAAAGAAAUUGAAAGUACACGUGGAGGACAAAGACAUCAUUUAUCACUUGUAUAUGAGGCAGAUAGUCACCAAGAUUGUGUUUCUGCUGUUCACCUUGGCCUAUAUCCCUUACGCAGCCUCACAUAUUCUGUUUGACGUUGACUGUGUGGUAGAUUCCCAAGCGCUGAUGCCGUUUCAGCCCUUUCACUGUGUUCACUCACUGGCCACCAUUUUCCGGCUCCUCUCCUUGGUUUACACAGUACUGAUGGUCAUUUACAGCUUGACUUGCUUCUACAGCUUCUGGUGGAUGAUGAGAAACUCUCUCAGGGAGUACUCCUUUGACUCAGUGAGGGAGGAGAGCAGCUUUAGCGACAUCCCCGAUGUCAAGAAUGACUUUGCCUUCAUCCUCCACCUCCUGGACCAGUAUAACCCUCUGUUCUCGAAACGCUUUGCAGUCUUCCUCUCAGAGGUCAGUGAGAAGAAACUGAGGCAGCUCAACCUGAACUACAUGUGGCCUUUGGAGAAGCUGACCCAGAAGGUGAUGCGUAACGCUCGGGACCAGAUAGAGCUCCAUCUCAUGCUCCUCAGUGGCAUCCCAGAGGCCGUGUUCGAUAUGAGGGAGCUAGAGGUGCUCAAGCUGCAGCUGAUACCGGAUCCUAGGCUCACACAGAAGCUUACGCAGCUUGGGAACAUGAGAGAGAUCUGGCUGGAUCAUUCUCCUGCCACCGUAGACCUCAUGGCUCUGGGGUUUCUCUCUGAGAACCUGAGGAUCCUGAGGAUGAAGUUCACAGAGGUGGAACAGGCUCCCUGGUGGGUUUUCAGUUUGCGUAACCUGACUGAGCUCUAUCUGUAUGGAAAUAUGUUCAAUCAGGACAACACGACGUUCGUCAACAGCCUACCCAAGCUCAAGAAUCUGAAGGUGUUAUUCAUCAAGUGCACCAUCACCGCGAUGCCGAAAGUGAUUACCAACUCAAUACCCUCGAUACAGAAGCUGUCCGUCGACAACGAAGGCACCCAACUCUCUGUCCUGCAGAGUCUGAAAAUGAUGUCACAGCUCACCUGCUUGGAGCUACUGAACUGUGAUCUCCAGCGGAUACCGAGUCAUAUCUUCAGCCUGAAGAACCUGCAAGAAAUAGACCUCAAAGGGAACAACCUCAAAACCAUUGAGGAGAUCAUCAGUUUCCAGCACCUUCCCAAGCUCUCUAUCCUGAAGCUGAAGUACAACAGUAUCAUUUACAUCCCAGUCCACGUUGGAGUGCUGGGCAACCUGGAGCAGCUUCACCUGGCUCAUAACUUCAUCAGCUGCAUGCCAGCACAGCUGUUCCUGUGCAGCAGACUCUAUCUGCUAGACCUCAGUCACAACAAGCUGUCUGCCAUUCCCAUUGAAAUACAGGAACUGAAGAGACUGCAGCUCCUCAAUGUGUCUAACAAUAAUAUUGACCAUCUCCCAGAAGGCAUGUUCCAGUGUAAGACCCUCCAGUCCCUACUGCUAGGUCACAACAACCUGUCAGUGGUCCCCCACCAGGUGAGUGAGCUGACCAACCUGGUGGUGUUGGACCUGAGGGGGAACCAGCUGGAGAGCCUUCCUGCCGAGCUGGAGGAGUGCCACAGCCUGAUGCCUAGUGGACUGCUGGUAGAGGAGGGGCUGCUCAACUCUCUGUCCCCCACUGCCAAGGAGGGAUUCCAGAGGCCUGAUAAGGAGUACCUUGGGAAAAUGGAGGCUGAAGGAGUGGGGAAUGCUCUCAUCUGUAACCCCAUUAUCUGUAAUACAGCAGGGCAUGGAGAUACGGGCUGCAGCGUGAUAUACUCCAUGUGAUGGGGCUACCCCAAAUGAACAUCCAACUCAGUGGCUUUAAACCUGGGGUAUUAGUAGGCCUACGUGGUUUACCUGGCCUAGCCACAGGGGCUACUUAUUUAACAUUUAUUUUAUCUGGGAGUCAUACUGAGACUAAGGUCUCUUUUACAGAUGAGCCCUGAAUUACAAAAAUUACAGAAAAUACACAUUAAAAUACAAAGUGCAAUCAGAAAGAAAAACUGUCAAAAAACAAACACAUUCAUUAGUAGUAAGGUCCUCAAUCAGAUUUCUGAAUUACCUUAGAAGCACCAAAACAUCACAUUUCAGAACAUUUUGAAGAUUAUUCAACAAAUAAGGUGCAAGAAAACUGAAAGGUGAUUUAACUAACUCAGUAGAAACCAAAGGAAUUUCCAGAGUUAAUCAUCCCUGAGACCGGGGGUGGUAGCUCAUAAGUCUAAAGGUUAGUCAUGAUGUUAGGUACAGGGAUUGUUUUUGUAAAAGGGCUUUAUAAACGAAAACAUAGCAAUGUAUCAAUCUACUUGACAUCAAAGCGGGCCAACCAACUUCCUGGUAGAGAAUGCAGUGAUGAGUACGAAAACUGUCUAUACGUUUAAAGGCUCAUAAGAGCAAAGGACUAAUCGCCUAGGUUAAGUACUAGUAAACGGGAAAAUACUUACUUUUAUAACAGUAAUGUAAUAUGACUAUUCCAAAUGAACACUCUCCAUGUUCCAAUCCACUCUGUUGCUGCCAAGUACAAUAUACAGUCAUUGUUUACAGUGGACCACUGACGAGUUCUGUUUGAUAAAAAAAAUACUUACAUUUUAUACUGAGCUCCUGUUGGGGAUUUCAUAACACGACCAUUUGUUUUUAUAAUGAUGAUUGCCGUGGUUUAGCCUGUGUGGUCAGACUAGUCACAUAACUGUGGUCACUUAGUGUUACUCGUGCCACAUACAAAUAAAAGUGUGAUUUUGUGAACUUAA